GUAUCAUUCAGAGAUCCAUUGUCGGUUUCAAUUUCUCUAGUAAUAUUGAUUACUACAUUGUAGGCUGCUUUUUAAAUCUUGCAAUUUUAACAAAUCAAAUAUUUUAAUUUAUAAAAAGUUACUAGUAACAAUCACAAUCACUUCAAAUUUGCUUAAAAAACUUUUCUUCAGAAACAUUUUAGAAACGAAAAAAUCUUCUCGUAUUCUUCAAAACUCAAAUUCUUUCCAAAAACUCAAAAUUUAAGCUCAGUUUGAAAAAGCUAUUGGUGACCUGCAAACAAGGGCGACAUGGAGCGUGCUGUGAGUAAUGGUAGUGGCGGCGACGGUCAUCAGGGGCGAAGUUCGGUCGCCCUGUCUGACAAUGAACAGCACAACGACACCAGCAGUGUGGCGUCAUCUUCCUGUUCAAAUGCAACUGAGACUUCUUCUCGGAGGGGGAGAGGGGCUACAGCGGAGGGGAUAAGAAAAGGAGGCAGAGGCAGUUCUUCCUCCACUGCUUCCACCAGGUACGGUUCCACCUGUUCGUUCAACUCUACCAAGUGCAUCAACAUAGUUUUACUGGGCAAAGCAGGGGUGGGGAAGAGUUCAUUUGGGAACUUCAUCUUCAGCACCCACACCUUCCCCACCACCCCCACUCACCACUGCCAGCUGAAUGAGCUUCAGAGUGGUGAAGUGACAGUUCGAGUGCUGGAUACCCCCGGGCUCCUGGGCAUAGGCACCGACUCCGUCUCCGUCCUCAAAUCAGUGGGUUCCGAAGUGAUGCGACACCUCGGGUUCAUACACGCAUUUGUACUCGUGUUGAGAUGCGACACUUCCAUGUCGAGGGAGGACAUUGACUGUUUCAAUGUGUACAAGUCCUUCUUCGGAGAGGUGUUCAAACGACAUUGCAUUGUCGCAUUCUCAAGAUCAGACAACCUCAAGCGUGAUUUGGCCAAAUAUGGACUGAGUUCGGAAGACUACUUCCGACUGGCUCCCCAGAGACUUCGCAACUUACUCGAAGAGGUGGGUAGUCGCUACUUAUUCUUCGGGAGUGAGGGGGACUUGAGUGGGGAGUAUGGACGGGAGAGGGAGAGUCUGCUGGAGUUCGUGGAACAGAUGAGCAGACAGCCCUACAAACGCGAGUUCCUUUAUCAGCAGAAGCAACUGUUUCUCAAUGAAAUGAAGCGCAAGGAGACCGAGUGGCGUGACGGAGUUAAGAAGAAGGCGGCGGACAAACGGGCGGAGGAGAACAAGCGGGAGCUGCAAUUGCGGGACGAGAUGAUGCGUCGGGUGGCACACGCCGCGUUGCGGGAGAGAGAGAUCAGCACUAAAGUGUACAGAGAUGUGGAAAGCGAACAGGCUCGGAUUCACGACACAGACGCUUGCUCACUCAUGUAGAAUCGUAUUUAAGUCAGAAUCGUAUAUGACUCAUUUUGACUGUAAACGCCAUCAUAUGUAAUCUUCUCCUUAAGGGCCGUACUAUACUCAAAGUCAAUUCUUCAGUUAAAAACGUUUUUAGGUUGCAGCGCCGAC